UUAGUGCACAGGGCUCUAUUGUCUGCGGCACACAUUGGUUUCAAAUCUUGGUUGUUUGUGUAAACCAAGAUUAACCUAAUUUGUCAGUGUUAACUGAGGUACAGGGUUUUUUGUUUUCCUUUGUUUCCUUUUGUCUGCUCGACUUCAACUGUAUCGUUGGGAAAAGUUGUAAUUGUGUAAAAUACUUAAGAUAAAGUCAACUUUUUCUUUUCUGCAUCAUCAGAGAGAAAGCCUUUAUGAACCACUUUUAAAGAAAAAACUAACCACACAUUUACCAUAAUACAACCAUAGUUAAUUACAAACAACGACUUUAUUAUCUUCGCAUCCGAAAGCACUUGGCAUCCGCACCUCAUUUGUUUCGUUGAUACCCGGAAAGUUUCGUUGAUGGCAGGAAGAAAGCGCAUCAGGACUCAAUGGACUAGUGUAGAGAUGCUCGCCCCCGCCGCUGGAUCGGUCAUGCACGAGCUCUAUAGGGGCCCUAAAUGCUGUCAUCUCUCAGUAGUAAUGUGUCUGUUGCCUCUGACAGAACCGGAUCCAUCAGCUGACGCCUAAACGCGGCAAAUCAAACUUUUUCUUCCAUAUUUGCGGGACCACUGAGGAAUUACAAGCGUUCAUUUACCUAUUGGAGGGGUUACAUAUUUUUUGUCCGUCGGGUUAUUUGUUUUUUAUUUAUUCAGUCAUCCCGGAGUGAACAACUCUCGUGAGGUUUGUGUUCUGGAUGGUGACAUCAUUUUCCACGGAACAAGGUGGAAUAGUGGAAUAAGAAGAUGCAUGGAAUGAUGACUGGAAUUUCUGUGAAAAUUAUCUGGUGAUUUUAACCUGGCUGAGAAAUUAAAGAAGACCUUCCGUAAUCUAAUUGUAAAUGAGAAAAACAGCACACCUUGGUCCUAUUGGUGAUACAAACGUAUUUUCCUUUUUUUACCAAUUGAGAUUUAAGUAUUUAGAAAUCUCAGUCUUUUUAAGACUGACUCAUCGCCUCCGUUGAGGUGGCUUAUGCUUUGGGCUGCAGCUAUGGACAUUGAGGCGAGGCAUCAUCGUUUCCCCCCAGCGACCUCACCAUGCUGAGCGAUGUCUUCUACGUGGUGUACAUAAUACUAGAGCUCCUGAUCGCCCUGCUCUCUAUCCUGGGCAACGUGUUGGUGUGCUGGGCUGUGGGACUCAACAGCAAUCUCCAGAGCAUCACCAACUUCUUUGUUGUUUCGCUGGCUGUGGCGGACAUCGCGGUGGGUGUGCUGGCCAUCCCCUUCUCCAUCUUGAUCAGCACUGGCUUUUGUGCCAAUUUCUACGGCUGUCUGUUCAUCGCCUGCUUCGUGUUAGUGUUGACCCAGAGCUCCAUAUUUAGCCUUUUGGCCAUUGCCAUUGACCGCUACAUUGCCAUCAAGAUUCCACUAAGAUACAACAGUCUAGUAACAGGACAGCGUGCCAAAGGCAUCAUUGCAAUCUGCUGGGUUCUCUCUGUCAUCAUCGGUCUGACGCCCAUGCUUGGCUGGCACCAAACAUGCUCGGGAGAGUCCAUCAACAGCACCUGUCAGCCCGGCAUGAUGAAGUGUUUGUUCGAGGGGGUUGUGGUCAUGGACUACAUGGUUUACUUCAACUUCUUCGCCUGCGUCCUUGUGCCUCUGCUUCUCAUGUUGGCCAUCUACCUGCGCAUCUUCAUGGCGGCACGCCACCAACUCAAAUGCAUCGAGUCCAAAGCCGUGCCAUGCGAGCUCAAGUCCCGCACCACUCUGCAGAAAGAAGUCCAUGCGGCCAAAUCUCUAGCCAUCAUCGUAGGCUUGUUCGCCGUGUGCUGGCUGCCACUUCACAUCAUCAACUGUUUUACUCUGUUUUGUCCAACCUGCAAACGACCGCCGUUUAUUAUCAUGUACCUGGCCAUAAUCCUCUCGCAUGCCAAUUCGGUUGUGAACCCCUUUAUCUACGCCUACCGAAUACGUGAGUUCCGAUACACCUUCCGAAAAAUCGUGCGCUAUCGCGUCUUGGGCAGACGGGAGCCGCUCUCUAACAACGGGAGCACCCGUACCUCGGCACGAGCGAGCAUGGCGGACUCACUAAGAAUUAAAAUCAACGGCCUGGUGCGUGACCUCUACGCCGACCAGAGCAGCACCACCAGCAGUUGUGAAAGUGCAGAGCCCGGGCACACGCACAGACCUGUUGGCACAGAAAACUUGAUAUUAGAUAACCAGCCAGCGGUGCUUACUAACACUCACAAGCAUCGGGGGGAUCCUGUACUAAUACAUUUAGAGUCGCCGCUUACCAGAAACAAUCAGGCCGUUGCUUGCAAGAAGCAUACUGUACUCGGUAUUACGGAUGGAAGGGAUGUAUCUUCGCUUCACAUCGAAUCAAAUCUUUUUCUGCAAACAACCCACUGCACUGAGCUCACUGACAUUUCCUGAUAGCUGAUACUUUUCCAUUGAUGGAUUCUGCUUAUUUAUUUGAUACCCUGACAGAAUGAUGGGUUAAAAUAUCAAAGACAAAGUAGAACUUUUAAACAACUUGGAAGACAUUAUAGUUAUGGUAAAGCUGACUUGAUCUGAGUGUCUAUAUUUUGAAAUUGUAAUGAUUGACAAUGAAAACGUCAAAAUGUAAAGAUGUAGACAGAAGACGUGUAAGGCGCUUCAUGCAAAACGCUUUUUAUGAAAGAUUCUGGUUCAGAUUACUAGGACGCUGUCUUGUUAUGGUUGGAAAGCAAAACUGUGUAAAUUUUUGGAGGAUCUAUUGACAGAAGUGCAAUAUAAUAUACAUAACUAUGUCUUCAGAGGUGUAAAAAGAGCUUAUGCAAUGAAGCGUUAUGUUUUUAUUUCCUUAGAAUGAGCUAUUUUUAUCUAUAUAAAGCCCGGGUCCCCUUGCAUAUAAAUCGCCAUGUUCUGUAGGGGUAGGUGGAGUGAGCGGUUGGUUGCAAAUUGUAACCUUGCCGCUAGAUUUCACCGACUGGGGCUUUAAUCCAACAUCAAAUAUUUGCACAGGAAACCAAAGUUUAACAUACACCUUAAAACCGCUGAUUUAAAGAGGCAAAUCGUGGCAGCAUAAAUAAACCACUAUUGUAAUCAAAACCUGCACCAAUCACGAGGCAAUUACAAAAGCAUCAUAAAGUUUCGAUUGUGUAAACAUCUUGUAUGAGUCAGUUGGUAAAAACCAGUGUCUGGCAUAGUUUCUGAGUAUUUGGUACAAAUGAUCUGAAUUGAUCUGUUCAGUAUUACUUUGGUGUGGUCCGUAAAGCUAGCACAGCAUUUCAACAUAUAGCAGUGCAUGUGCUAGGUGUGGCUAUAAGUGUUAGGCUCUAUGAUGCGACAGUAUUGCUUUUUUUCUCAAUUUUGUUGGAUUUAUUUUCUAAAUUUAAACAUAAUACUGCCCGGUCAGUUUUGAUAAAAUAUCUUUUGAUUGUGUUUUUAUGCUAAUUCUGUCUGUCAUGAUGUACAUGUAAGAGAUCAGGUUGUUCACAACUGAACAGCAAUGAAAACAUUUUCUUGUAACACAUAAAUAAAAUAACUCAUAACUGCAUAUGGAAGGCUCUUAUCAAAUAACUUAUCGACUGGACAUACAGUUCUCUGAUUACAUUAUGUCUUUAAAAAGACUACAGUUUGUAUAAUAAAGAUGUUUAUGUGAAAUUUGAUUAAGACUUCAGUCUUUCAAACCAAACAAGUGGUAUUUGUCAUAACUGACUUAAGUCAAGCCAUUGAAAAACAUAUUACGUGUGUCUUUGAACUUAUUCUUUCGACAGUUCCUGUCUUUAAUGCAUAUGUUUUUGUUUGCGUACUAUUCUAGCAUUUUUAUAACAUUGUCAUUUAGCAGACGCUUUUAUCCAAAACGAUUUAAAAAUGAGGUGAACAAUUAUAACACAGUUUUCAGCAAGUUACACCAUCAAAGUAACGCAAUAUGAUUAUUUGUUGCGAUUAUAUUUUGUUUUUUUAUUUGAGCAAACUUAGCUGCUGGGUUGAAUUCAUGCAAUUUUCAAAAAGUCUUAUGCUUUAAAUGAUUUGGGCCAUUUGCCCUCUUCCCAGCAAGCACUGGUGCAUUAACGAUUAAUAUCAUACAUAUAAAUGAUUAAUAUGUUUUGGAAGUUUGACUG